CUAAAGUUAAUACUUCGCUUGAAAGAAAGACAGGAGCAGGCUGAGUUGAAACACAACGUUUCCCAAUCCCCAGUUUCUUUCUGUUGCGCCAACACUCUCCACUUUUCUCUGUUCUUCCUUCAGCUUUCUCCUCAUUUUAAUUUUCCUAACACUAAUUCAAUGUCACUUGAUUCUCACAUGUCGAACCCCGAUGAACCGACCAAGAAUAAUCACGCAGGAUCGGCGGCCACCAAGGCUACACCCACUAUCGACGUGGAGAAACCGACGCUGGGAUUGGGGUUCGGUGUCUCGGUGAUUACCAGGCGAUGGAAAAGGGAGGAUUUGUUGAAGAGAGGGUCCCUGAUCACCAGAGGAUUGGCUUUGUUGUUCUCUUUUCUUUCUUUUAUAAUCAUGGCUAGCAACAAGCACGGUGGUUGGAAUUUCGAUGACUAUGAAGAAUACAGGUAUUUGUUGGCAAUUGCAAUUCUGUCGACUUUGUAUACAGGAGGACAAGCGUUGAGACACUUGAAUUGCAUUUGGAAAGGGAAACAGAUAUUCGGACAACGUAUCUCUGCCUUGGUGGACUUCUUAGCGGAUCAGAUGAUGGCAUACUUAUUGAUAUCAUCAACAUCUUCGGCGAUUUCAUUGACAAACAGGAUGAGAGAAGUGGGAGACGACUCUUUCACUGAUUCAUCAGCUGCGGCUAUUUGCAUGUCUUUCUUUGCAUUUCUAUCUCUAGCACUUACUGCCAUGGUUUCGGGCUUUAAAUUUUCAACUCAAUCAUACAUCUAA